AAAGCUCAAGGAUAUUUUCGUUUGUAGUUACUGUCGUAGUAACCGUAUAAGAAAACUCUUCUGCUGACCUAGGAGAAUUCUGUUUGUGUGUAUGGUCUCGACGCAUUAUAAUCAACAUUUUGUCCGCAAUGAGAUCAGCAAUGUAUUAAUUGAUAUAAAUGUAAAUCAUUGAAACUACGGGGGAUUAUAACUGCUUUAAAAUUCAUACAAACUUCUAACAUUGUGGAUCUUUACUUGCCUUUCAAGUUUUGUGAUACUUUUUAUGACUGUAAACGCUGAAAAAUGAGCAUUUCCCACUCAGCAUCACCUAGUUAUGAAGAAAAUUCAGUUUUUAAUAAUACUGGUCGAUCUAAGUCAGUUACUGGUACCGAAUACCUACAAGCAAAUAACAACUGUUUUGAAGAAGAGGAAGAAUGGCAGUCGAAGUUGGAUAAAUGGCGUGAAAAGCGUCGACAAGCUUUACGCAUGGAAGCUACUCAUUUGACUUUAUUACAGGAACGUGAAAAUAAAGAAAAUGAAAGACGCAAGGAAGAAGCCAAAGACCGUUUACGUCAAGUGAAACAUCAACGUAGCCUUCUAGGCUGUGGACGCAUAUCCUCCAUAGAGUUAGUGCCUUCACCACCGAUCAAAAGUCCUGGUGUCGCACUGUUAACAGGUAGUGCUUUCGAUUCACCGACUAUGAAUCAUGAAGAAAGUAGACAAGUGGAUACAAUUUCAAAUUCUCAAUCAGUUUCUCCGCACAAUUCUAGAUUGACAGAAGAUGUGGAACAUAUAAAAUCAAACUCCUCCGAAAUUGAAAUGAAUGGGCACACAAAUUGUCCCUCUCCUAUAUCUGAAAUGAAAGCACAGCUACUGGAAAAUACUUCUGACAAAGAAAUUGAUAUUUCCGCCUCGAAGAACACUUCUGUCGAGAAACCUACCAAGCGUAGUUCUGUUGAAAUAAUUCGUGACCCACCACAUAAUAAUGGCUCUUUAAUACCUACAAAUGAAUCAGAUAAUCAAAAGUUUAUAUUCCCACCAGAAAAGAAAAACGGUGAUGUUUCUGUUAAAUUUGAAGAUUAUUCAGAGUGCAAAUUGCGUUUAUCAUCUAGACAUGGAGUUUCAGAAUCCUGUUGGGGAUUAACUUUAAAAGCUGAAGGUCCUUCAGACACAUUCCCAUUUGUUGUUGAGCGGGUUAAAAUAGGUAGUUCUGCAGAUAUCUGUGAGUUUCAAAAAGGCGAUAUAUUGAUUUGUAUUGAUGGUGUAAAUCUGGGCAUAAAUCGACCGAAUAGUACUAAAAGUACUAAGCAAAUUACAAAGUUGGAAGAUCUAGAAAAAUUGAUGGCUCAAUUAGCUGUGGUAACCAAACCCAUAACAGUUCAAGUCUUACGAAAAGAGGAUGAAUUUGAUGAUCCUACUUUUGGUGAGCCGGAUACAGUUGAUGAUUAUCCGGCUACUUCAUCACCUCACAAGACUGCACAUUCACCAAGUAAUCUUGAUGACUCUGACAGUGAAUGUUUUGAGGUGAUGGUCUCUCCAACAUCAGUUUUUCCUCCCAAAACAUCGCAUCUAGAUACUCCAGUUUAUCAUAGACCUGUCACAAUCACUCAUUCUCUUCACAAGACGCCUUCGGAAGGCUCUGUUCAUAUUUCGGACGAUGAAGAUGACAAUUCAUCUGUGUCAAGUGAUUCAGAAGAAAAAAAUGUUUCUGUGUACAACUGUCAAGAACGUAAUGUUAUCGUUUCAUCCAUUUCAUCUUCUAAUAUUGAUAGAAAUAAGCACCGUAUAGUUAAAACUUAUCAAAGUGAAUUCGAAACUGAGGUUUCAAAUCCUUUAGAAGUUGGAACCACACGAUUGAGUUCACCAAGUCAAUCAGAUUCAGUUAAUUGUAAUGGAACUUCAAACUACAAGCGAGGUGCAGAAAUUAACUAUACGGAACCAACACAUUUUACACUAGCAACUGCAUCUAUGCUCUCUCCUUGUAUUCAAACUGACUACCAAGUAAAAUUAGCCCAUGAAGUUAUGGAAGAGGCUAAGUCUACUAAGUUGGUAAAUGGAAGCAAAUCGAACGAUGCGAAUCCAACAACACACAUAUCUCAAGGAAAUCUCACAAAUUCUGUCCCAAAUAUUGCUCAAAAUUUUGAUUCUUCAAUGUUCACUAUUCCAAGUGAAAUAAUUUUACACUCUUCACUAUCUCCAAAAAUGAAACAUAGGUCUCCGCAACGAACAUUUCAUAUUCAUCCAAAGCUACCCAACUCAACUAAUGAUAUUCCCUUUCAUAUACCUUCAAACAGUCGAGGUUCAUUUACACUGAAGUAUAAACAGAAUUCUUUGCCUAAUCCCCCUCCAUCAUCCUACUUUUUAUGCAAUACAAAUUUAUCAACAACACAGCUGGAUUCUCCUAAACCAAAUGUACCUCCACGUCCUAUUAUUUCGAAAACAUCUCGUCCAUCUUCAUCCCAGUGUUUUAGUUCUACAAUAUCUAUUGAUUCAAAAUCAGCCCCAUCGCUUUCCGGUGAAGCCAGCAGACUGAAUUUAAACAAAUCUGAUGUAAUCAAAAGUCAGUUGGCAAAUACAAUAGGCUUAGAUACUUCUAUGAAUACGGCAAAGAGUUGUCUGCCGCCACCACCUCCUGCACCUUUACCAGUAACAAAACCGCAAUACCAGUCAUUUAGAGAAGAAACUCUUCAAAAUAUUCAUCUCAAAAACAACAUUGAAAAUGGUCUAGAAAAACCAGGGAAUGUAGGAAAGGGUGCAAACUCCUUCGAAAAAUGCAAAACUCCACUGCCAACACCACCUCAAAUAUAUGCUCGUUUAGAGGCUGAAGUUCCCCCUUUACCUCCUCGAACUCCACGUAUACGAGUAGUUGACCUUGAUCAGUUAUGUGCAGCGUGUAAUGCAAAACUAGGUUUUGAGGACUCAAUGGUUAUCGAGUCUUUAAAUCUUUACUACCACCUACCAUGUUUUGUAUGUGCAAGAUGUGGUAUUUCAUUGGGUGAUGGUUUAUCAGAUGUUGAAGUCCGUGUCCGACGAAAUUUGCUCUACUGUUCAAACUGUCAUUCAAAGAAUAUGAACCUGAAUGAUAACAAGCAUGAGCAUGAUUUAAAGACACGUCAACAGCUCACAUGCCAACCACCAAAACCACCCACACCAACUGAUAGACGAUAUCGUCACGGUAUGGAACAGCGAUUGUUUGUUAAUUUUAUUUAUUUACUACUAUUUUAAUCCGUUUGUUUAUUACAUGUGAAUUAAUAAGAUUGCCCUUCUAUAUCGCCUUUAAUGGAAUAUUUUAGAAUGUAUGUUUCCAUAUAACAACCAGUUUCACAAAUAUUAGUGAGUUAUCUAAUGAACUUAAACCGUGCAAUGAUAAUUAAUAAGGGACGAAAAUUAACAUGUCUGACCAAAUAAGUUGAGAACGAAGACAGUUUACUGACAGUGAUAAUCUUCCGCCAGUUGCAUUAUAUCGAGACGUUUAUCGAUUAUGAAUGAUGCUCUAUCCUGGAAAAAAUCCUCUGUGCUUGUGGUUGAAUAUCAACUUAUCACAGUUGUGUUGUCUUAUUGUUUCCUUUAGUUCAUAGAGGAACAUAGGGCUUCGGCCGCACGUCUCCAUUGCGUUCGAUUCUGUACUAACGUUUUCACCUGGCUCGACGUCUGCCCACAUGCUUUCAUCUCCUCUUCACAUGACCUCCUCCAUAUCGCCCUUGGACGACCAACUCGCCGCUUCCCGUUCGGGUUCCACUCGAGGGCCUGUCUUGUGAUGUCACUUGAUAGUUUUCUCAGAGUAUGGCCAAUCCAUUUCUAUUUCUUCCUGCCUAUUUGUUUCACAGUCGGUUCCUGGUUGGUUCGCUCAUUGCCAGAGAUCCCCAUUGCUGAUCUUUUUGGCCAUCUGAUCUUAAGUACUGAGCGAAGACAGGUGUUGAUGAAGGUUUAUAGUUUGUCUGAGGUGCUCUACAUGACGCCUAAAGUCUCUGAUCCAUAAAGUAUCACUGACUUAUCACAGUUGUGUAAUGUAUGAAAAUGCUAUACACUUGAUACACCAAUUGAACAAUAAAAUAUUUUCGUAUUCUGACACGUAAGUUAUAGAUACAACAUUGAAAUAGCAGCCUAAAAGUGGUAGCUGUUGAAACGCUAAUAUCCAUGUUAUCCGAUAUGCCAGACGCCAAAUUAGAACUCUGAUAAACACUAACUUAAAGAAAACAAGUGAGUUUAUGUCAAGAAUCCAACAAUAGAUCUGAAAAAUACUAACCUCUGAUCCUCUUUAAACCUCCUCCUUACUAUCAUCAAAGUAAAGACGAUUCACAAUUCAAGUUCAGCAGUUUUAAUACAGAUAACAUCAACAAUUACUACUCAGAUGGAGUCUACAAAAUAAUUAGACUAUAAAAAUUAAGUCACCUCUUAUCGUAUACACAUCUGCUUACCCUAACUAUUUCUCUUCAAAUAUAAACCCUUAUUUCAGGAAGAAAUUCAAUAGUUGUGAAAGCAAGUUACAUCGGCAAGUUUUAAAAUUUAUCUAAGUAAAAAUGUAACUUGUACACACCUUUUUCUGAUAAAUUACACAGUAUUUUUUUCACUAGAUAAUGUUGCUUACUAUGGUUCAAAUUAAACACAUGAAUUCAUUAAACUCAUUUAAAUCUUAUUUAGAUUCUUAUCUACACUGGGCUUCCCCUUAAUAUGAUAAUAUAAUCUGCACAUUACAGAUUCACCGAAUAAGAACUAUAUAUUAUGAGAACAAAAGAAGUGAACUGAUAUAUGAUAAUAAUAUUGUUGAAAAUCUUGGGUGGCAAACUAACGUGCUAAUCAUCACACAAGUUUUGUCCCUUUUCUGCCUGCUAAACGAAUUUAAUCAUUUUAUUCAAUGCAUCUUGAUGUGAUUUUGCUAUUACUGCAACGCAUACAAAAAUUUUUAAAUGACUAACAUACACAUUUUGGUAAGGUGGCUAUCCUAUUUUUUUUGUUUUUGUUAUAGAUUUUAAGGUGUGAUGUUUACAAUUUAUCGACAAUAUUUUUCUGCGUUAAUCUCUGUUGGUGUGAAUAAUAAACUGUGAUUCUUGUUGCUGAUGCCACACUAUUACUACUACUACUACUACUACUGAUUUUCUUAUACUCUAGCAUACUACAACCGUCAUUAAAUAUACAGGCAAAUCUUACAUCAACAAUAAUAAUAAUAAACCCCAUCUCUCUAUCUGCGCGACUGACUGUCAGUCUUUGCAUCUAUGUACAAUCUUUACACAAGAAUAUCACACUACUUAACUGUGUACACAAUCUUGAUAAAUUAUUACCAUUAUUAUUCUUACAUUUUAACAGACUACCAUCCAACAUAAAUCUUUGUAAAAUAUAUUGUUAUAGCAUCUGAUCGUAGAUGUGUGUGUAUGUGUAAGACAGGUAGAACAAAAAUAAUUUAUGCAAACG